CACGCAUACACAAAGCCUAUACUACUAUACGGGAACGAGCGAAGCUACGCUGGUGUCCUUAGUACAUAAUCUCGUGCGUAGGCUGCAGAUGGCUGGGGCCUUUCGAUCACGGCCCGACGGUCCGAAUUCGUCCGUCGCCGCGCUCUUCUUCGAUCUGGACAAUACCCUCAUCGAGACCAGGAAAGCUGACAGUUUGGCUUGUCGCAAGCUUGCAGAAGAACUAAACAAGGAAUAUGGUGUGCCACAAGAUUGUUCAAACAAAAUCACAGCUUCGUUUCUCAAGCAAUUCAGGAAAUGCCCUGACAAUGUUACACUUAGCUUAGACAGUUGGCGCACGUCCUUGUGGAAUAAAGCCCUCGGCGAAAAUUAUUCUUACCUAGCAAAGCAAACUUACGAGAGAUGGCUUUACCUGCGGUACUACUGUCUGGCCCUGACACCCGAGACCAUCGCCAUGCUCCGUCAGCUCAAGAGCAAGUAUCGAUUAGGUUUGAUAACAAAUGGACCGUCAAAUGCCCAAUGGGAAAAAGUCCACAAACUCAGUUUACAGCAGUACUUCGAUAUCAUUUUGGUGUCGGGUGACUUGCCGUGGGAGAAACCGUCGGCGCAAAUUUUUGAAGAGGCUUGUCGAUAUCUUAACGUCCAUCCUGAGAAUUGUAUCAUGGUGGGGGAUAAGUUAGAAACUGACAUCCAAGGUGGUAUUGAAGCUGGAUUAGCUGGUACUGUUUGGAUACCACUUGGUGAUAGUCGUCUCACAGCAGAUGACCCAAAACCAAAUUAUACAAUUAAACAAGUUACCGAUUUAGUGAGACUCUUGAACAAGGGACCUGACGCUCAUGAGUACGAAGACUCAUCGUCUAAUGCUUCGGACGGCAUGUAAGAAGAUGAAGAGCUGACAAAGUGGGUGGACACUUGCACCACCAUCGACUACCUUUGAUCUGACAUACUAAGAAGAUGACAAUUUUUUCAAUCCAAUACGAGGUCAUUGCAGAUGAGAGAUGCAGUGAUAUCAGUUACUAUUUUCUAAUAUAUUUUUUUACUUUCUAGACUAAUUCAACAUUAGCAAUUUAGUAGGUUUUGACACAAUUCUGUUGAUUGUUAUGAGCAUUGUUGAAUCAAUGUAGUAAUGUAUCAAUCACGUGCAUUUUUCGAGAAUCACGAUUUUUUAAACUAUUUUUCUUUUGAUACGCAACGUUUACGUAUUUUCAUGGUUUUUAUUUGAAAAUAGAUUUUAUUCUCAAGUUAUGCUAUGGUUAGCAUUAUUGUCUUGAUUGACGCAUGUAGUUAAAUUAAUUCUGACUAGGAAAUAGAUCUGGAUGCUUUUGGAGAAGCCAAACGUCAAUUCUCACGGUACAAGAAUUCAGGCAGCCUUAAAAAUUAGUAAGUAAGCUUGAAAGGCAGAGAUUCUUUGAAACAAAGCUCUGCACUACAUUUGUUACAUUAUUCUGUAUGAGCUUGGUUUGAGAAAUUUGUGUACUUGAAGUGAGAAUUUUUUUCAAGUAAAGAUUUCGAAAAAAGUUGAGUCUUGAUUUAGUUAACAUUUUUAUAUAAAAUAAAUUCACCAAAUAAACAAUACAUGGUUAGAUAAGUGUAUAAAAUAUUCAAGAAAAAAACAAACUAUAAUCGCUCUAUGUGUGCAAUCACAUAAGCUAGGAUAAUCUACAAUCUGAUAAAACAUAUGUACAUUGAGAUAUAUUUUUCCACUGUACAAUUCACUAAUAUUAAAAGUCUAUACAAAAAGUCAGAUGCAAACAAUACUACUAUAUAAGUGUAAUACUAUCUAAAAAAAGAAUGAUUGAAAUAAAAAUGACUUAUUGGAAA